AUGAUUACCUAUUCUGCCAGUGAAAAUUACCCAAUAGCUGAGAGUCAAAAUCCCCCGCCUUCUCCACUUACACCCGUUCAAAUUCUCGAGGAAUUGAGACAGUUUUGUUCUCAAGGCGACUUUCAAAGAUUUAAAAAGACUUUGGAUAGCAGCUUCAUCGGUCUAAGCCCCCAUCACUCCACCAUAUUUGAUCUGUCAGGGAUAAUGGUUCAAGUUAUCAAGACAGGAAGAACGUGUUUUGUGAAAGAGCUGCUCCGGCACGGACUACCUAUACUACCAGUAUAUGUCUAUGAAGCUACCAAGGCGCAUGCGAAGGGAAUCUUGGGAAGCUUCCUAGAAAAUGGAUGGGAUAUCAACCAGCCUAUGGGCCCAAUGCAUCCUCCGAUUCUCAGUAAUGCCCUCGACAAUCUCGAAAUGACAACUUGGCUUCUUGAACAUGGGGCCGACCCAAAUUGUCGAUGUGACAUCGAUUUCACGCCGCUCUCUCACGCAGUCGAACACGCCUCUUUGCCGAUCGUCAAUCUUCUGCUAAGUCGUGGUGGCGACGUCACAAAAGGGCAGGUUUUACACCAUGCAGUCGCUCGCGAGUCCGAUACGGUAGCUGUCCUGAAGCUCCUCAUUGCUCGGGGCGCUCCAAUCAACGCCAUCAUGUAUCGAGAUCACCAGCCUUCCUGGAAUAUGAACUUUUUAUGGGAGAAACUCCUCUCCACAAGGCAGUAUUCCUUCGCAAGAUCGAUGUCAUUCAUUAUCUUCUUAGCGAAGGAGCAGACUUGA